CAAUUAGCAAGUUAUCAAUGUUUUCCCUGACAAAUAACUUAAUAUCCCAUGAUUUUCAAGGAUUCCACUAUGAGAUACCCAUUAGGCCAGUUAAAAGUGCAAGAUUUCGAAAGCUAUCAGAGCAAUGUUCUUCGAACAUUUGUGGAAGCCAAGAUAUUAUGGCUAACCAUACGCAACCAUCAGAAGCCAUGCAUUCCAUAUUGCAAGUAAAUAGACAGGAGGAACACCAAAAGAACCAGGCAAAGAUUCGUGCCAAGAAUGUUACACGAAACCUCUAUACUGCAUUUGAAUUCACAACAAUACAAGGUUCCACGUCAUCUGAAUUGGACAGUGAAGGAAACGAAAGUAAUACAGAUAAUGAUGAUAAUACCAACAUUCGUACUGAUUCUGGUUACAUAGAUGAGGGGGAUGCAAUUCAUGAAUGCAUUUAUUUUCAUGGACUACUAUGGUUAAACGAAAGAGUCUGUAGACUCUCUUCUUCCAACUAACCUAUUUUCUCUCUCUGUUGCUGUCAUGGAAAAAUUAAGCUAC